CAGUUUCCUGUGUUUUCCGGUCAGUUUUCUGUGUUUUACAUCUGGAAGUUGAUCGGAAUCUACAGGAAGAAAAUCCGGUAACUUCCAACUGGAAUACUGCUUCCACUUUCCAGCGCUUUCCUGUGCUUUCCGGCCGUUUCCCGCCGUACGUCCACGACUUGGGUAGAACUGAAGGUCAAUGCUGAUAUUCUAUCUAAAAUUAUACAAGAACAAAAGCAAGAAAUAAAUGGUUUACGACACAAUUUAAAUAAGGUGCAGAAAAACUUCGUAAAAUUACAACAUGAUUAUGCAGAAGAAAAGUUAAUGAAUGAACAAUUAAGACAAAAUCAAAAUGAUUUAAUUAGCCAAAUGAAAAAAAAAGAUAAGGAAAACGAAGAUCUUCAAGAACAAGUACGUGAUCUUCUCAUUCAUUUUAGGAGUGAAACAGAAUUGAUGAAUUUACAAAUGGCAGAUGAACUUGAAACAAGUCAAAUAGUUGUUCGUCCGUCAUUAAAUAAAACAAGACGACGAAACGAAAAAUAA